AUGCCCCGAUUGACGCUGGGCCACAGCACGGAUCGCUUCUUUGACAAGCAGCCUGUGGGCCGCAUCAUGAACCGCCUGACCAUGGACAUGUCAACCAUUGACCUCUACCUCUUCAUGAAGGUCUCUGGCAGUGUGAUGAUCUUCUUCCAGACGCUGGUGCCACUGGCUUACAUCCAUGCCAUUCUGCCCUGGUACAUGUCGCUCUUCGCGCUGCCGUUCUACUAUGUGGUCUUCAUGCUGUACCUGCGCUACCAGAACACGGCUGUUCCCCUGCGCUACUGCUUCAAGACAUCUUCCUCCAUCACGCAGAGUCACCUGUCAGAUGUGAUGACGAACACCGUGGUGGUGCGUGGUUUCGGUGAGCAGAAUCGCAUCGCAGUUACUUAUGCGGGUUGUGUCGACAACUCCGUGAAGGCAGAUCUUACUGACGAUCGGCUCAUGAAGCGCUGGCUGUGCAACCGCGUGAACUACCUGUGGACAUUCUACAACUCGAUCUCAUACAUCAUUGGCCUCUACAACGCCUCGUGGUUGGGCCCCGGCACCCUGGGCAUCGCCUUGACGAACUUGCUGUUGCUCGAGGGCAUGAUCGAGCCCAGCCUGGAGAUGAUGGCCGGCGCCCUCUUCGAGCUCAUCGCGCUUGCGCGCGUGCAUGAGUACACCUCGGUGACACAGGAAAAGGCGAUGUACAAUGUCGAGGACGCCAAGCUGCGCAACCACACCGUUCGAUUCCUGCGCAGCAAGGCCACCCCGCUCACCGUGCGUGAGGCAGACGAUAGGGUCGAGGUCCUUGCGAAUGGCAAAGUCUUGCUCCACUCCACCCCGGAUGGGCGAUCGCUGAUGUUAGCAGACAGUGGCAGCGAUUCCCAAAUUGGCCGGUUCCAGGAUUUGUGCGCCACAUGCGCUGAGCUGAAUCAGAUUCCCAGCCUGCACCACAUCGUUGCAGCCAACGACGCCUCGGGCAGUGCGAAGGACAUCGCACAAGAGCUCAGCCGAAGCGCCCGGAGCUUCAUGACAGCCACGGGCUUCACAACUCAACCACAGGUCGUGGUCGAGUUCCAGAGCAGUUGGCUCGCCGACGGGGCGCGGCUAGACAUUCAGGAUCUGCGUGCGGGCUACGCAGAGGUGCCUCAGGAUGUACUGAAGGGUGUGACCUUCAGUGUUGAGCCGCGUAUGAAAGUGGCGGUGGUUGGCACCACCGGCUGUGGAAAAUCUAGUAUGCUGCUGGCGUUGCUUCGCAUCAUCGAGCCUCGUGGUGGGAAGAUCGUCAUCAACGGCAUUGACACCCAAGAGAUUGGCCUGGCCACUCUCCGCAGCUCCCUGGGCCUGGUGCCGCAGGAUCCCAUGCUGUUCACGGGCACCUUGCGGCACAACCUUGAUCCAUUCAAGGUGUACACUGAUGGCCGAAUUCGGAAAGCAGUGCAGUACGCCCAUUUGGAGGCCUUCAUCAAUACCUUACCUCUGGGCUUGGACCACGUGGUUUCAGACGAAGGUGGCAAUCUUAGCUUCGGCCAGCGGCAGCUUCUGUGCCUGGCGCGCAUGGUCUUGAGGCAGCCAGCCCUGCUUCUGCUGGACGAAGCGACCUCUGCGAUCGAUCCAGCGACGCAGGAGUCCGUGCAGGAUACCAUCAACCAUGCCUUCCCUGGCUCGACCAUGCUUGCAGUAGCCCACCGCCUGGAGACCAUCAUGGAGCACCGGCCCUACCGCGUGGCAUUGUGUGGGGUUGGCGUGUUUCUUCGGGUUUCGUUUUGGCCCUGGGGCGCGGCUGACCGCAACGUCUGGAGCUUUGCUGCUACCUUCUGCAGAUGCUUUAGGACUCCUGUCAUCGCUGCAUGCUUAAGUUAG